CUACCAUGAGUGGCGACAAAGAAGAAGAGGAGGAAGAGGAAAAGAGGAAAGAAGAAGAAAAGAGGAAAGAAGAAGAGGAGAUGGCUUCAGCUGACAGUGGGGCUAAGCCCCUUCAACACGCUAUGAAAAUGGCAAAAGUAGCGAUACAGCUGGACGGAGAGAACAAACACCAGGAAGCUUACUGUGAAUACCUCCGGACGAUCAACUACAUAUCGCAGGCACUUUUGGAGGAAGCUGGGUCACAAGCCUCAGAGGAGAGGGAUACGGUGGCGAUGGAGGUGGAGCGGAUGUUGAGGCUUGCUGAGCAGUGUCUGGAGCGAGCCAAGUCCUUUAUAGGGAAGAGAGCUAACCCCUCUGACCUUUCUGCCUCCGUCUCUGCUUCCUUUUCCUGUUCACCUGGCCAGUCAGAGCUCCAUCAGACUGCUGUCCUCCCAGCCGCUGUUGCUGCAAACACUGUCUCUCCAUCUGAUACUCCUGUCGACGCAGGGCGUAAAGCAACCAGCCCAACAAAGACCGGUCACCGCAGGGUGCUGUCAGAUGGUAGCGGGAAGCUCUCCCCUUUUCUGCCUCCUGAAGUCUUCCAGAGACUACAAACAGUGGAGUCACAGGACACAAGCAAAAAGGAGCUGACACCCAUUGAAGAAGCAGCACGUGUGAACCAGAAGUUGAAAGUCAAUUUUGAAGCUCGUCUGGCAAGGCUCACACCUGGUCAGGCCUACCAGAAGACGUCUUUGACGCUCUCUCUCCAGCGGCAGAUGAUGGAGAACCUCAUCAUAGCCAAAGCCAGGCAGGAUGCUCUCCAGCGAAAGAUGGAGGAGAGAAGACUAAGGCUACAGGAAGAGGCCAACAGGAGAUUUGCAGCAUCUGGGGCAAUGACUGCAGACGAACAAGAGCAGCGUAUUCUCUAUACCAAUGUACUGGAAUAUGAGCAAGACCAUGAUUGGCCCAAACUGUGGAAAGCCAACAUGAGGACGAAUCCUGAUGAUGUCACAUUAGUGUCAGGUCUAGUCUCCUACCUGCUCAGCCGGUCUGACCACCCAGUGGUGAAGCUGCUGAGGAAACAUCAGUACCGGGUUUACAACAUGCUCUAUCCCAUCAUCAGUAAAGGCCUCUCCCACAGUCCUGCCCUGCCACUGAGGCCGUCUCGCAGCAUUCACAGCCUGCUUCAUCCAGAGACCCCGACUAGGCCAACCAGAGGCGGUAGCGUUGGUGGCCAGAGCUUCAGCACGGGCUCGUCGCUCUCCCCCUCACUCUCUCACGACCUCCACUCCAACUACGACGACGAGGAUGGGGAGGAGCCUCACGCACAGAUGACGGUGGAUCGGGAAAACUCGUUUGAGGACCUGGAGCAGUUCCUGACCCAGUUGGACUGGGCCCCGCUCCACGGCAGCACAGACGACCCUGGCUCGGAUUCAGAGCUGACCAGUGAUCCCUCGAUGCAGUCGGAGCAGGACGAGGGAAGCAUCCAGGAGCUGGAGAUGAGAGCGCUGACGGAACACCUGAAGGCCGUUGUCAAAGACAUUCAUAUUGCAAUUGAUCGACUUUUGUCACUGUGUUUGCUAUCCUUUGAGUGUCUAAACACCGCCAACUCUAAAGACCUGUGCCUCGCCAGCAUAGAGGAAGCCUUCUUCACACCGCUGUGGAGCGCCCUGGUUGCCCUUUUCAGGAGGGUCCACAAGGAAAGGGAGCAAGCCUUUGAGACAAGUAUGAAGCUGUACGGGGAUGUUUCACCUGCAGAUGUUGGUGUUCCCUUGAAACUGUUUACCCAAGACCCUGGCGCACUGCAGGGUUCCUACCCCUACGAGUCUGCUGUUCAAGAGCUUAAGCUACUCAUCAAAGACUGCUGUCCACAGAGGAAGUUGGAAUGUAUUGUUAGGACAUUACGACUGAUCUGUGCCUGCGCUGAGGAUUACAGGUGUCUUCAUGAUUUGGACUCCACACCAAAAACAGCCGCCAUCGGUGCAGAUGACCUGUUGCCCAUCCUGUCCUACGUGGCUCUGCGGUCCCAGUGUCCUCAGCUGGUGUCUGAAUGCGCUGCUUUGGAGGAGUUCAUUCAUGAAGGCUAUUUGAUAGGAGAGGAAGGCUACUGUCUGACCUCCUUGCAGAGUGCCUUGGCCUAUGUUGAGUCAUUACACGGAGGAGAAGCUCCCCUUCCUGCAGGCAAACUCUUUUGAAAAAGGCUGCUGCAGUCACAAGAGACCCUCCUGAUGGUUCAUCCCCGCUGUGCUACAGAGAAACCACAGCUGAACCUGCAGCUCCCUGCGAGUUGAGCAGAUGCAUGUUAGAGACAUACUCUAUAUUUAUAGUUCCUUUUGCUCUGUUUCCAACCGAGGACUGAACCAGUGCCUGUGAGUUGUUACUAACUAAAUCCGAAACUGGGCUUUGCUGGGACCUCUAAGCAUGUGUUCUCAAACUGUAAAGCUUCGCUGCAUUAACUAACACUGGAUUGUUAAAGGGACUGUAUGUGGUUGAGAUUGGAGUUGUCUUAGGGAGCCUUUGGAAGUGAAGCCAUUGAUAAUAUGAAUGCUUACAGAGGAAAACCUGCAAUUUGGUUUACUAACGAUGGAAUAUAUUUGUAAACCAUAUUGUGGGUCCUAAGAUUUUUUUCCGUGUGGAAAAAGUCAACCAUGUGUGCUUUGACUGAUAUCUGUCUUCCUUAGUGUAGGGUCAUAGUAUUUCAGUGUUUGGUUUGAAAUACACCUGGUACCCUGAAAGGUUCUGGUGGCGUUCUUCUAAUUUUUUUAUCCCGUUACCUGCAAAUCAUGUUGACUUGAGUGACCGUUCUUUAAUGCGUGCUGUUUUGUUUUUUUACCCUUUGAGUCUUAAGUGUGCAUAUGUCCCUACCAGGCAGCCAUUGGUUUCCAUUCAUUCUACCAUGGUGUACAAAUCAACUUGCAAAUUCUGGAAACUUUUCUUCGAAUUGGUCCCUAUUUGUGUCCAAGUUGUGUUAUGGUGGCAUUGAUGCAGUGAAACAUCAAAAUAUAUAUUUAAAGUGUGCCCGUUGUGGUGCAUUCUUGUGCAUUCAGAUAGCUUUAAUCAUGGUAUCCUCCAGUAGAUGAUGUAAUAAAUGGGCAGCUAAAAUAUGCAAAAUGAUUGUUUGUUUUGUGUUUUGAAGACACACCUGAAGCAGACAGUGUCAUGGACUGAAAAAAUACAGUUUUAUAAAUUGUCAUUUUAUUUAGUUUGUUUGCUUGGAUUUAAUAUUUAAUAACUUAUUUUUAUUUUGCAUGGGUCCAAAAGAUUUGAAAAGAUGUCCUGAGAACUGUUUUGGAUUUACUACUUACUUUUUGUGACAUUAACACCAAAAACAGAUUCAUGUCUAUGUAAUAAGUUGUUAUGUAAUUAUCAUAAAAAUAACAGGUUGCUGUGAUAUUUUGCAAAGUGGAUUAAAGCCACUAUAUACAUGUAAAUGAUUUGUUGCACAUUUUGCAUUGCUUUUGAAAACUGAAUAUGAAUGUGUUAUAUCAUUAUUGAACUGUUUUACUGUGAAAGGUUGAGAAUGUAAGAAUAAGAAUGAUGAAUGUGUAUGAGAGAUGGGUCAGUAAAGAGAAUAAAGAAUAUUUAAAUCAA